GCUGACUGAGCUGGUUCGCCCCCGGUUCGGCUCCUGAAGAGCCGGCCCCUCUCUGUGGGUCUUCUGUCAGUCAUUGGCUCCCUGCGGUUUCCUUGGGGACGUGGCGCCGCCGCCGGCCCGGGCCCUCCUUCCGGCUGGGCAAGGGGCCGCGGGGAUCCGCUCGGGACUGAACCGAGCGGUGCCGAAGGAACCGGCGGGCCGCUUGAUCCCGCUGCAGACGUAGGACAUGCCUGGGACAAGGAGGCCACCUUCUCAGGGCAAAAGAAAAAGAAGGUGACAGGCGUUGAGACCACCGAAAGGAACCCAUGGCUAGGAUCAGUUUUUCCUACCUCUGCCCAGCCUCCUGGUACUUCACUGUGCCCACAGUGAGUCCAUUUCUCCGUCAGCGGGUAGCAUUCCUGGGACUCUUCUUCAUAUCCUGUCUCCUUUUACUUAUGUUAAUCAUAGACUUUCGACAUUGGAGUGCUUCAUUACCACGAGAUAGGCAAUACGAAAGGUAUUUGGCUCGAGUAGGGGACCUUGAAGCUACUGACACUGAAGACCCAAAUCUGAAUUAUGGACUUGUUGUCGACUGUGGCAGCAGUGGUUCCCGGAUUUUUGUUUAUUUCUGGCCAAGACAUAAUGGGAACCCCCAUGACUUGCUGGACAUUAAACAGAUGAGAGACCGCAACAGCCAACCAGUGGUUAAAAAAAUCAAGCCAGGAAUCUCUGCAAUGGCAGACACUCCAGAACAUGCCAGUGAUUACCUUCGUCCUCUGCUGAGCUUUGCUGCUGCUCAUGUGCCCGUGAAGAAGCACAAGGAGACCCCCCUUUACAUCCUCUGCACAGCAGGCAUGAGGCUUCUCCCUGAGAGGAAGCAGUUGGCUAUCUUGGCUGACCUAGUGAAAGAUUUACCACUGGAGUUCGACUUCCUCUUUUCACAGUCUCAGGCAGAAGUGAUCUCUGGGAAGCAGGAAGGGGUUUAUGCAUGGAUUGGAAUCAACUUUGUUUUGGGAAGAUUCGACCAUGAGGAUGAAUCAGAUGCUGAGGCUACCCAGGAAUUGGCAGCAGGACGGAGAAGGACAGUAGGGAUACUGGAUAUGGGAGGAGCCUCUCUCCAAAUUGCUUAUGAAGUUCCUACCUCAACCUCUGUCCUUCCUGCAAAGCAGGAAGAAGCUGCGAAGAUCCUGCUGGCUGAGUUCAACCUGGGCUGUGACGUGCAACACACUGAACACGUGUACAGGGUUUAUGUCACAACUUUUCUGGGUUUUGGAGGCAACUUUGCCCGGCAGCGCUACGAAGACCUUGUUCUGAAUGAAACUCUUAACAAAAACAGAUUGCUGGGUCAGAAGACAGGUCUGAGUCCUGACAAUCCAUUUCUGGAUCCCUGCCUGCCGGUGGGACUCACAGAUGUGGUGGAGAGGAACAGCCAAGUCUUGCAUGUCCGAGGAAGAGGAGACUGGGUGUCUUGUGGGGCAAUGCUGAGCCCCCUGCUGGCUCGCUCCAACACCAGCCAGGCCUCACUCAAUGGCAUCUAUCAAUCGCCAAUUGACUUCAACAACAGCGAGUUCUACGGCUUCUCUGAGUUUUUUUACUGUACAGAGGAUGUGUUGCGCAUUGGUGGCCGCUAUCAUGGGCCAACAUUUGCCAAGGCUGCUCAGGAUUACUGUGGCAUGGCUUGGUCAGUACUAACUCAGAGAUUCAAGAAUGGCCUCUUUUCAUCACAUGCAGAUGAGCAUCGACUCAAAUAUCAGUGUUUUAAAUCAGCUUGGAUGUACCAAGUCUUACAUGAAGGAUUCCACUUUCCCUAUGACUACCCAAACCUGCGGACAGCCCAGCUGGUGUAUGACCGAGAGGUUCAGUGGACGCUGGGAGCCAUUCUAUAUAAAACACGGUUCUUACCACUCAGGGAUCUUCGGCAGGAAGGUGUCCGACAAGCCCAUGGUAGCUGGUUCCGUCUCUCCUUUGUAUACAACCACUAUCUCUUCUUUGCCUGUAUCCUGGUGGUGCUACUGGCCAUCGUCCUAUACCUUCUGCGGCUACGGCGAAUUCACCACCGACAAACACGAGCCUCAGCUCCAUUGGACUUGCUGUGGCUUGAAGAGGUGGUGCCCAUGAUGGGAGUACAGGUGGGGCCGUGAAGCUGGACCAGGACUAGAGAAGCUUGAGCACCCCCGAGUUGCUGCUCAUUGAAUUCCUCCACUUUCUUAUAUGGCCUCAGAUGCUGUGAUGCCUGACCUUGUGGAUAUUUGCCCUUGGAAUUUCUACUUCACUUUCUACCAUAAUUCCUUCUCAGUACCCAGGUCUUCUCUGAGAGAAGCUAUAAUUUAAUCUGUGAGGAACUAAAUGACAGGAGAUUGGUGCUAAUAUGGGGGACCAAGCUUUGUCCAAGUGAAGCAGGCUUCGAUUCCUUCUUCUGAGAGGUCUGGUGUGUUCCUGAAAUCUCACCUUUUCUUCCCUUGCUAAAGCAUGAAGUUUGGCAUUGGGCACACUGGAAGCCUGGUUGAAAUGAAACUUGUAGCAUCUGAUACAAAGGCAGAGACAUUCUAGCAAGUGCAGCAGCCCCUUCUUUCUCUGUAACAGAGAUAUCAUUUAUGUGGAGAUCCACAGCCUUUAAUAGGGAUCCAAGAUCUUUGCAGUUCAACGGACCACACAGGAAUUUCCAGGCACCAAAAUGAUAUUAACUUCCUUGCUUACCUGACAAAGAAGCCAUCACGGGUGUGAUCCAAGAUCCUUGUCAUAGUGUUGUUGAUGUUUUACAUGAUUUUAAAGGUUAGAACCCCUUCUAAAUGAAUGGUCUGUGGAAGAUUUUAGUAUCUUAUCUGAUGUCUGGUAUGACAAGGAUAGAAAAUUUUUCCAUUUUUAUGUGCCUCACAGGCUGUUUGGGCAUUAAUUUUGCUUUUUGAGCCUUAAGUGUGUUAGCAGGAUGGAGAAACUGAUGGGGACUGGGAACCUGGAUUUGUCUGAUUUUAGGUCACUGUUCCCUAGGCCUGUUUUUGUGAGCCCUUAAACAGGAAGAUACAAAGAGAGUUCUUUUAUUUCACUGCUAAACUCAGUAUGUAGUUUGGGGAAUGUAUUUGAGUUGUUUUUAAAGAAAAGGGGAAGAACCAGGAGAGUGGGCAAAGGCAAUAAAAUCAAAGUUCUUAUUAUUUCUGAGAAAUAGAAGUUUUCUCAAUUUCUGACUCUUGGAAUGUCUGAAAGGGAGCAAACUCUAAACUUCGCAAUAGACCAUCUGUUAAUAAGCCAUCUGGCAACUUUCACAACCUCUGUUAAGAGACUGCUCAGUCACAAACAGCCCUUCCAUUAAUGAAGCGAGAGGAAAAGCCAUUCACCCACCACCCUUCCAGAGUUUUGCUUCUCCUCCACAUUUAGCCAUUAAAUUGCAUGAGGAUUUCUCUUCAUCAGGGUCCAUAUGGAAUCUUUCUGUUUUACCCUUUCCUACAUGUAGCCUUGAAUGUCCUGUCCACAAAUAUGCUCCCGGGGUGGAAGCAUUUUCUUUUUUGUCACCUUUGAUUUCUGGGAUUAGAUGAAUAGGGGAAAAAGUCCCUGGCUUCCAAGAAAAAAAAGUAGAAUUCUUCAAAAAUAAAUUUCAUACUGGGAACAGAAAGGAAUUAAAUGCUCCAUAAAACAGGGAAAAAGAAAUUAAGAUCAUCCUAGAAAUUAACUAAGAUAAAAAUAAGUAUACUGACCCUUGGUUGGGAUAAGAAGGUAACCAGUCUUGCAUAGUUUUAAAAUUAGAUAAACAUGGACUAAACAUGCUAAGACUUUGUUCCUUUUUUUUUCCUUGGAGACAGGGCCUCACGCUGUCACCCAGGCUGGAGUGCAGUGGUGCAAUAUCAUGGCUCGCUGCAGCCUCAACCUCCUGGGCUCAAGUAGUCCUCCCACCACAGACUCCUGAGUAGCUGGGACUACAGGUGUGCGCCACCACACUCAGCUAAUUUUUUAUUUUUUUUUUUAGAGAUGGAGCCUCACUAUGUUGUCCAGGCUGGUCUCAAACUCUUGGGCUCAAGCAGUCCUCCUGCCUCGGCCUCCCAGAGUGCUGGGAUUAUAGGCAUAAGCUACUGCACCUGGCCUCUGUUUCCUUUGGAAAUAUCUUACCUUUCAUUAGGGCUUUUUUCAUAGCAAUUUCCUUUGGUUUUUAAGACUUCUACAUUGAUUUGAUUUUCUUUUAUUAUCUGUGCUCCAUGAACUUUAUGAACGCUGCUUAAUAAUGUCAAAAUAUGUUUUAGCUAGCCAUUGCCUACUCAGGUAACAUUUUCUUUUGUCCUAGUCUUGGUUUCAAUAUACUAUCUUUGGUUUUCUUGUGAGAUCUAAUCAGAAGCUACUUAACUGGCUAACAAUGAUCAUACUCAUGUACUAAAAAUGAACUUGAAACAGGGAAGUAGUGACUGGUCCAAUUUGAAAGCUCUUAGUAUUCUUCAUCCUGGCUGUAAUAAUAGCCAUUAUUUGUUAAACCUUUGUUAUGUACCAGACACUCCUAAGGAUUUUAUGUGUAUUAUUGAAACUGAUACUACUCUGUUCUUUUUAUAGUUGAGAAUCUCAGGAUACCUAUAUUUAUCACUUUUUCAAUAUAUAUGUAUUUCUUAUUGUCUUGGAGUGUUUAAUGUGUUAUACAUCCUGUUCAUUACUUUAAUAUUACAGGAUCUAGGCUUAUCUUUAUUACCAUGAGCAAGGCUUCCAGGAGUUCCACAGUACUGAAGGAAAAUUUUAUCGUAUCCCUCAGGAGAACUGAAUAGUUACUGUUGGUAUUAGCUCCUUUGUUUCUUCUAUUCUCCCAAUUAAUAGAUUUUAAAUGAAAUCUCAUUAGCUAGAAACAAAAGCCACUUAUUCCUUGCUGAGUGCCAAUUACUUAAAUAUAUUGCUUCCUUAUAAUAAAAUAAUUUGCUUAUAGGCGCAGAAAUCUAUCUUGCCAUACCCUUUGGUUUUUAAAGAUUUCUCUUCUGUUUGCAUUUCUGCACUUUGGUGGUUCUCCCAUGAAGAUAAUUAUGGUGUCAUAAAAUUCACAUUCCACUGGUUCCUUUGAAUCUUACCAACCACUCUUGUUUCAACAGAGACAAUGAACCUGAACUGUUUUAGUACUCUUGUUAUUACUGAGACAGGUCACAAAUAUCAAAAUAGGAGUCAAUGGCUUGUAGUGAUGCUUUUUAGUCUUGUGAUAGCACAAUCCAUCACUUUCCCCAAAAUUCUUGUCACAAGAACAUAAUGAAAAUAUGUAAAAUACCCAUUUAUGUGGCAUUUUAUUCACUUAAGUUGCAGUUAACUCUAAGCCAAAUUAUACCAUUUUUUCUCUCUGUACUUUAGCUCCUUGAAUUUCCUUAAUCUGGGAAACUUUUGUUCCCACACGAAGGAACAAAUUCAGGGGGUACAAGUGCAGGUUUGUUAUAUGAGUAUGUUGAGUGAUGCUGAGGUUUGGGGUACAGAUCCCAUCACCAGAUGGUGAGUAUAGUACCUAACAGAGAGUUCUUCAACCCGUGCCCUCCUCUCUCCCUCCCUGCUCUAUUAGUCCACAGUGUCUAUUCUGGUCUGGGAAAUUUUCAUUACUUUCCACCAAUCUUCUAUUUAUUCUCCAAAUGUCUUUCAAAGUAUCCUGCCCCACCCCCUUCUCAUCCUAAGAGAGUCCUUUAACUUCAAGAUCAUGUCCGGUGAUUGCUGAAAAAUGUCUGCCAUGCACUUGCUAAUAGUCUUUUUAGACAUGAACAUUUAUUAUCACAUCCAUAUUUAAAUUUUUGAAAUAAUUUAUACUUCUCACUGGUAUCAUCUAAACAGAUGCUUCUCACAGUUUUAUGUUCUGCUUUUUCUCAGGGAUGAAAGACAAGUGAGUGGUAUCACUUAAGGGAAAGACCAGUGGGCUUAACGAAUAGCGGACCUGGAUUCUAGUUCUGGCUUUGUCAUUUACUAGCUCUGGUACCUCAGGCCAGUCACCUGCCAUCUCUGGUUUGGUUCUCAUCUAUCAAACAAAGUGGCUAGACAAGAUUAGAAACUAAAGGCAGAAGACAAGGUAGAAAAAUCAUGAUUUUGGGAAAAGCAUUUUGUCCUUUGGUUUAGAAGACCAGGCUGCCCAAAAAAGCCUCCUAUUUUAUCCAUAACCCCUGAUGAUAAGGUUGUUGGGAACGGAGUUUCUAAUAGCAAUCACAAUAAAUUUCAGAAGAGUUUUAAAGCUGGGAUUUUAAAGGUCUUCUGGCCAACCCCCUUGAUUUAUAUGGGGGAUGAAACUGAGGCCUAGAGCAGUUGUAAUAUGUGCAAAGUCAUAGUGACUGGCCUUCUAGGCCCCGGGUUCCUGUGUAACACAGACACUCCAACUACUUUGUCAGCUAUAAUGAAAUGCUCAUUAACAGAAUCUUUCUGCAAGUAUAAACAGAAUCUAUUCUUUAUAAAACAGCUGGCCACCACUAACCAUGCCCAAUCUUUACGACUGCUUCUGACAUUCAUUUAUGACUGCUUUGCUCACAUUUAGGAAUCAACUUUGAAAAAAAUACUUUGUUAGAAAUAGUGCCAAGUUUUCACUACAUCUACUCUAGUUUCUGUAUUUCUUUUUGUACUUUUAAAUUUUAUACAUCUUUUUAUAACAAUUUUAUACAAUUUCCUUUACUACAACAUCCAAGCAAUUCAUUAGAUGACUACAGCCCAGAUGAAGGUUAAAUGCCUAUUACAUCUGCCUCAUUAAAGAACUUCAUUGUAAUUCUUGGGCAGUUUCCAGACUCUGUUACAGAAACAGAGGGCUGUUUCUUUUUGUUGUCUUUGAACUUUUCAAAUUAAUUCAAAACUAGUAUCUAAUUGUCCUUUUUGCUGUGGUAUGUGGUGUAAUGUUGAUUGGGAAUAAGAAUUAUGGUACAAAUAGCAGAUGUUUCCAAUUCUCCCAUAUUAGUCUCUUAGGGACACUAGCGCCAGAGUCCAGCCCCUGGGGCAAUAGGCUCUGUCAAACUUGUGAGAAUUUUGCAGGUGUUACAAAAAAUAUUGCUGUUAAAAACUACGACUCAAAACCAAAAGUUGUGAUUAAUAACAACAGGAUUAUUAGCAAUAAUAUUUUGAUUAAUACUAUAGAAUAGCAAAGAGUGAAUAUACCUCCAAUUGAAAACUUUUAGGUUGUGUUCUUGGCUCUCUCUCUCAUAACCCUGGAUCUAAGUUGGAAAGCUGUGGCACCCUGUUUGGGUGUCCCAUCUACCCUGUUUUCUAUUUCUGCAGAUGGCUUGUUCAAACUUCAUUUUAAGCCUGCUCUGUCUACUUUAAUCUUACUUAUAUCCUAACAGACUUCUCUUGUGUUAGUACACGUUUCUCUUUUGCUCUAAUAUUUCCUGAUUUUCCAGUUUGUCGGUACUGUUAUUAGAGGGACAGGGAAGGAACAACACACCAGUUGACCAUUUUGUUUCUCUGAAAAUGUGAGCAAUAAGGAGAUCCUUUUAUUAAUAAAACUGAAUCAUUACUCAUACUACAAGGGCUUUCACUUUUAAAAUGUAAUCUAUCAUUGCUUCCAUUUUUAUGAACACCAAAGUUGAAAAAUUUUCUGAAUCACAGGCUACAUAUAGCCACAUAUGCAUGACUUCAGGCUAGCAUAAAGACAUGUCUGCUCCUGAGCCUCUUCUUUUAAAGUAGGGCAGCCACUGUAUACCCUCUGGUGGCCCACUCCUUCUCCACUCCAGGGCAGCCCCGGUACUUUCCUAAGCGGCCCCUCGUACAGAGCGCUUGCUGCCGGUGAAGACUGCCCCUUACUAGCUGCUGCAAGAAGGGAUCCCAGACACACACUUUGGUUUCUAGUGUUUCAGUUACUGUGUCGUAUUUGAAAUUCUCAUUCCACAGUUCCCCUUUAGCUGAAGUCCUGAAGUACAUGCCGUGUCUCCCCCUUUAUUUCUACCUUGAUCAAUGGCCUCUGUGGAGUGUAGUGAAAGACAUCUUUUUAUUAUGAUCCAUAACUAGACACUGCACACUUCAAAAAACCAAAGGCUGCCUGUAUUACAUUGCUUUGGGGAGCUGUUAAGACUCUAUGUUUUUCUACUGCUUCACAUUAAACAAUAAUUUUGUUGAA